AACCCUGCUCGCUGUCAGGUUGAGAACUCAGGCAGCUCUUCGCACCCGGGCACCACGAAGCAAUUUAGGAACUCACAGCUCUCGAUACUCAAUUUGUAACCAUGGCUCACGCUUGGGGAUACAGUGCCGAAAAUGGACCAGAGAAAUGGGUCAAAAACUUCCCCAUCGCCGACGGGCCCCGCCAGUCCCCCAUCGACAUAGUACCUGCAGAUGCGUCUUACGACGCCGGCCUGAAGCCGCUCUGCCUCAAGUACGAUGCUAAGGACUGCAUUGAUAUCCUCAACAACGGACAUUCCUUCCAAGUGACGUUCACCGACGACACAGACAGCUCCACUCUGAAGGACGGACCCAUCUCAGGGGUCUACCGCCUCAAGCAGUUCCACUUCCACUGGGGAGGCUCAGACGAUCAUGGCUCCGAGCACACCAUCAGCGGGACCAAGUACGCCGCAGAGCUCCACCUGGUGCACUGGAACACCAAGUACCCCAGCUUUGGAGAAGCCGCCAGCAAGUCUGAUGGCCUUGCUGUGGUCGGAGUAUUCCUGAAGAUCGGGGCUGCGAACGCACAGCUCCAGAAGGUCCUGGACACCUUCGACGCCAUCAAGACCAAAGGCACCCAGACCACCUUCCCCGGCUUCGACCCCACAACCCUUCUGCCCGGUUGCCUCGACUAUUGGACCUACGACGGCUCCCUGACCACACCCCCUCUGCUGGAGAGCGUGACCUGGAUCGUCUGCAAGGAGACCAUCUCCGUCAGCCCUGCCCAGAUGGCCAGCUUCAGAGCUCUUCAGUUCAGCGGCGUGGGCGAGGCCGCCUGCUGCAUGGUGGACAACUACCGCCCCCCCCAGCCCCUGAAGGGCCGUGCCGUGAAGGCCUCCUUCAAAUAAGACCCCCCACCUCCUCCGUCCUCACCCGCGUCCCCCCUGCUCCCCCCCCCUCCUACUUCUUCAGAGUGCCACAAAGCAGUCGGCCCAUGACCAGAAAGGAACGAGCUGAAUAGAAAAAGAUAAAAGCCACUGCCACCGCUACCCCCAUCCCUCAACCCCCGCCAAGCGUGUUAAUCGAACACAUAGCCUCCCCCGCCGCUUAGAAUGACAUUUAGAUUUCCCAACCAACCAGAGAUCGUGCCCAGAGCGUAAUUCAUCUCCUAGGAACAGUGGAAGUGCUGCUGCGCCGGCGUCGCCACACACGGCACUCGGCCGCUCUCCGUCACUCCGGCGUGAGACAAAGCUUGCGGUGAAAGUGCCGGCUGUUAGCUUACGUUAGCUGGUGUUAGCUUCAAGCUGUAGCCCUGCCAAUUUUGAGAUUCUAACCAAGCAGCCAGUUAGAGGCAGAACGCUAUGCUACGGGGGAGGGGGUCUUGGAUUCUGUCAUCAAUUCAUGACUGCAUGGGUUGCAGACAGACGUACAGAUGGCCGAGCCAUCUCUCAUCCUGCACGUCGGUCUGUAAUCUCCCUCUGCCCGUUGCCCUGCAGGAUCACGCCAGCUUAAAACACGCAGUGGUAGGCAUAGCGAGCACGACCAACUGCUUCUGAAAAUCCGCCUCUGACGCACAUGCACACACACACACACACACACACAUGCGCUAACAUGCACAGGAGGUAUAGGCCAUGCCUGUGGGCACUGACCUGCUUUGUGACUACUGUUUGAGUACAACAUUUGAACCACGUUAGCAUUAACAUGCUAGCGCGAGUAGCAUAGCUCUGUUUAAUCAAUACCCGGUUCCACAUCCAAUGCAUCUGUCCCGUGUUGUGAGGAAAUCUGUUUUCUAAAUGAGCUCCAUAGGAAUACAUACAGUAGUACAUACUUAAGUACAUAGUACCUACCUAGUAAUACAUGUGAUGUAUUGUACGAAUAGAAAAAAAAAUUGGAUUUGUGAUCAAGUGAUUUCUACAUUUUCUUGCUUGCUGAAUGAAAUUUCGAAUGUGACGUCUUAAUGUUUAGUCUAAUUUGUUGCGAGGAAGUGACGGCAAGAGAAAAAGAAAACUGGUCGCAUGACAAAGAAUUAUUUUGUAUACCAUGUCAUUUAUUUGUCUUGUUUCGUCAGUUUUAAUGAAACUGUGUCGUGUGCUAACAUGUUUUGAAAAACGCACAAACAUCUCCUGUUAAAGGAGCGGCCAUGUUGGUCACUGCACAACGCCAACUGUCAUGUUUCUCCGAGCCAAUGCUAGUCUCACCCUGGUGCUCCGUUUGAAGCCUAACUAAGCCGACAUCAUGGAGAUACUUUUAAAGUUGGACCACAAUAUCUUAAGACUUAAAUGAUAAUUAAAGAAAAAUGGAAAUCUACAAGGAGUAAUGAAUAAUCAUGAGCAUAAUUAUGAUGAUUGUGUUUGGUGCAAAAAGCAACAAAAAGAAAUCUGCCUUAUACCAAUUGUUUCUGGACCAUGAAAUCAGUCAUUGCCAUUCUGCCAUUUUUGAAGUGGACAUUUUGUUAGCUGAAUAAAUAUAUUUUGUGACAAC